UUGUUACUUGGGCAACACAAACCACUGACGACCUUGCUGGGAGGACUCCUCGCAGCGUUCGGGGAUACCAUAGGCUUUUUGGCAGGACUAAAAUUCAAGCUUUCUGAAAUUCACAAGUAGCAGCAGGGUUAGGACCUGCGAGAAGAAACUGGGAACUAGGCGUUGGCUUUAGCCUGGUCACUUGGAAGGCUCGGACCAAGAGUUUCGAGACUGCCACUAUAGUUCAAGAACCGAUUUGGACCUAAACCAGUUGGGCACUUGAUCCCAGACCCAACCCUGAGAGCUCCAAAACCUGGACUCCUUGAUGAGAAAGGAUGUAUAAGGUAGAUCUGCCAUCAGAUUCCAAAGAGUUGGCAGCCAUUAAGGCUAGACAAAAUCGAGAAAAGGAACGACAGAACCGAUUCUUCAAUGUGCGAAACCGAGUCAUGGGGGUGGAUGUCAAAGCCCUAAAUAGCCAAGUUGCAGAACGAAAGCUUCGAGAGACAACAGAGCGGAACAGGGAUGCAGCUUAUGGUACCAACCAGGUACAUUAUGAUCUAGUAGCCCAAAUGCUAGAGAAGGAACAGGCAGAAAGGACACGUCGGUUGGCCAAGAAAAUCCAGGACUUUCGUGAACAGAAACAGCAGCUCAAGAACAGAUGUGAAUUUGACCUUUGGGAUCCAAAUGGACUUAAGAAGGUGCUUCCCAACCACCUUUGUGACAGUGAUCCCCUCUGUGGCCCAGCCAGCCUCCAGUGCUUCUCUGGGAAGAAUCUGGACAGGGCUACAUACCUGAGAUUGCAGCAGGAACAGUUCAGAUACAGCCUGGAAAGGCAGCUGCAGGAGCAACAACAAGCCAGAUUUAAUAAGAUACAUACAGAUAUGCUUAAUGACAAGCUGUGCCUUGGCAUGGACAUGCGGGCCACUCACCUGGCCAACUUGGAGAAGUCCUGUCACAUGGCUACGAAGUCUGCCAUAGCCAACGUCAACAGAGCCCAGGUAACUGAGCUGGCUGAGAGGAAGCACUGUGAAUAUCAGCGUCAGCAGGCAGCCAACUUUAUGGAUAUCCAAAACCAGAUUACAAGCGACCUGCUGACCGAGAACCCCCAAGUUGCCCAAAACCCUAACGCUCCCCAUCGAGUCCUGCCCUAUUGCUGGAAGGGAAUGACUCCAGAGCAGCGAGCUGCCAUCAGGAAAGUCCAAGAAGUGCAGCGCUGUGAAAAGAAGGCACAGCGCCAGGCCAAGAAAGCACGGGAUGAGGAAUGGAAAAGCCAGACCACAUACUUGGCCCAGGCAAUGCUAGAGCUGGAACAGCAAGAGAGGGAACUGUGUACUGAAUUUCGGAGGGGGCUGGGCUCCUUCAACCACCAACUGGCUAAGGAGCAAAAAAAAGAGCAGAAUUACCUGAAUUCAAGAAUCUACACCAAUCAACCUACAUCCCAGUAUCAUCUACAGUUCAAUACCAGCAGUCGCUGAGCUCAGAAUGGUCUUCUUCCCCGUCUCCAUCAAGCUCAUAGAAGGCUAUGAGGAAAAGAGGAAAAUACUGUUUACACCCACCCUCAAUCCAUUCCCCAAUAGGAAGUAACUGAACCAAUACUACUACCUUCUUCCCCCCAUAAUAAAGUUAUUCGCUGAAA